AUGGAGAAUAAAUGUAAAUGUAUAAUUAGAAGGUCGAAUAAUAAAGGAGAAAAAAUGGAAGUCAUUUCAAACAAUAAUGAGAAAGGAAAAAAAGAGGAUGAAAAUAAUUUAGAAGAAAAAAAUACUGAAAAAAGUCAUGAUGAGGAUGAGUCUUCCUUAAAUGGUGAAAAAAAGAAUGAUGAGAAAAAAGAUACGAUAAAUAAGAGUAAUGGAGUAAAAGAGAAUAGUAUUAAUGAAGAAGAAGAAAAAAAGGAAAAAAAUGAUGAGGAGAAAAAAAAUGAGGAUGUUAAUAAAUUAACUGAAGUUUCCGAAGAUAGCCAAUCAAAUGGAGAUGUAGAAAAAAAUAAAUGUGUUAAGGGAGUUAAACGUUGUGCAGAAACUUGUGAAGAAGAAAAUGAUGAUUUAAAAUCUAAAAAAACUAAGAAAAAAGAAAAUGAUGAUGAAGGAAAAGUUUCAAAUGAUAUUCCAAAAAAUAUUGGUAAUGAUGCUUUGACACGAGGUUUAGAAGUUGUAAACAAUACUGUAAACUCAUUAAAGGAAUAA